ACAGGUUGUUUCAGACCAGUGAGAUCUCAGUGACACUUGACCUGAUCAAGCCUGACAAGCUGAGAAACCAGAUUUAGGAGAAACUGAUUUAGCUAGGGGCAAAAAACCGCCCGUGACCUAACGCUGAGUGAAGCCUAGUUAUACAGUUUAGUUUAGCAAUUAAAAUAAUUCAUUUAGCGUUUGCUGCUGUUAUUUGACAAGCAAACAAUUUGGCUUCUAGACAACUUCAGAACAUCUAGGAGUUCCGUUGCGUUCAUGUGUGACAUAUACAGCCUGGAUACGCAGUGCGUCUCUUCACCAUGCAAUAUGAGUUGGGCAAUGGAGCCUACGAAUUUCUACGACAAUAAACUGAGUAGUCUCCCUGGAGACUGCAAACCCCUGCGAAGUGAUGGCAUUGGGGAGGACACGAGUAUGGCCGAGUUGAGCACAGCGACUGCCAUCUACGACGACGAGAGCGCAAUUGACUUCAGCUCGUAUAUUGACUCCAUGUCGUCAGUACCCAACCUUGAACUCUGCAACGACGAACUGUUUGCAGAUCUUUUCAACAGCGCUGUGAAGCAAGAAAAACCCGACUUUGGCUUGACCAACGCACCGUCCAGUCACCCGCUGCUGACAACCAACACAUUUGUCGGCAUCCAAAAGGACUAUGAGAGGAUGCACGACACCUUUGAGAAAGGUGUGUUCAACGCGCCCAUCAAGCAGGAGCCCGAUUGGAGUGACAGUGACAUGUCUUCAUCGCUCCCCUCGCAGAUAGAGACAUGCGCGCAGACAUCUAUGGCCCUGCACACUGGGCAGCCCACUCCACCAACUACGCCAGAACCCCUUUCCAUCGGAGGUACCGUUCCACUGGGUACCCGAAAACCGGGGAAAGAGAAGGGUAAAAAGAACCUUGACAGAUACAGCCCGGAGUAUCGCCAGAGACGGGAGAGGAAUAACAUCGCCGUGCGUAAAAGCAGAGACAAGGCGAAACGGCGAAACUUGGACAUGCAGGAUAAGAUGAUUGAACUGAGUUCAGAGAAUGAACGUCUCCACAAAACAAUCGAGCAGCUAACACGCGAGUUAACAAGCUUGAGGGGCUUCUUCAAGCAGCUCCCCAAUUCCUCUUUUGGGGCGUCCCUGGCUGUGGAUAGUCGGUGACACAUGAAUCCUGCCAAAGACUGGACUCUUGAAAAUAUACCUCAAUGGACAUAUUCCAUGUAGCAAUUGUACAUAAGUUAAAUCAGAUUACUUUUUGACACUGAAAAUAUGACUAUUGCAGUCCCUUGCUGCGCGCGCGCACGCACACACGCACGCACGCACACACACACACACACACACACACACACACACACACACACACACACACACACACACACACACACACACACACACAGAUUUAUAUAUUUUUGAAUUUUUUAAAUUAUUCUCAAACUUCAUAUAUUUGUCAUGGUACAUUUUUUAAUUCCAAACUUCUUACAAAAGCCAGAGCAUGUUUAACAUUUUAUAUGGUUUGUAUAAAAGUUGGGAAAAUCUGUGAAAUCUGUUAAUAAAAUGACUUGAAAUCUUAAAGCACAAGCUGGUCAAUAUGAGUUCAGAGUCUUAUGGGGGAGGGGAGAGUGCAGAGGGGCACUGCCCUUUUCAAGGUAAAAUGUUAAGCAUGUUGCAGGGCCAGUUUGAGACAUGUGCAGACUUAAACAAGUUUUACACUGUAGCUAUACAAAAAAGAAAUGGUAAAAUUGACUAAUACAGGGCAAGGGCUUACAUACUUUAUCCAAAAGAAAAUACUUAUACAUAUGCUUCCAGUGUAAUUGAUAAUAGGUGUAAGCAAAGGUGUAAGUUUGACUUGGAAACUGGGGACAUUACAAUAGCAAAUUGUCCAAGUCAGCUAUUUUUUGCAUUAUAUUUGUGAAAAAGAGGUGGGGACAAGCUAUGCUCAUCUCAAAAGUGGUAUGAACAUACCCCCACAACCCAAACCUAAAAUUACACCAAUGGAUGUAGGUUUGGCUGGGAAGGUGGUGGGGAAAUUAAUAUGACUAAUUGCUAUUUUUGCAUUAUGUUUGUGGAAAAAGUGGUGGGGACAAGCUAGGUUUAUCUCAAAAGUGGUAUGGACAUGUCCCCAUUGUCCACACCUAAAAUUACACUCAUGCAGGGGUCGUCAUGAUCAGAGUAUGAUCAACUUAUCAAAUGAUCAAUUGUAGAAUAAAAAGAAAAAUGCCACACUCAAUGUCACAUUUAGGGAAUGGCACAUUUAGUGUUUAAUCUUUUACUCAGGUUAGCACAGGGAUGCCACAGCGAAUUAACUUAACACUAGACAUGUGCCUACACCUCAAUGUGGUUCUUGCUCAGUUUGUACAGAGGGAUAAACAACAUCGGUUUAACGUAGCUGGCAAGGU